AGUAUUGAUCAACAAAUGACUAUUAUAUUUAUUUAUUUUAAAAAUAUAUGAGUCCUACCAUCAACGUUCCAUAUGCCAAAGCCUCAAAGGACUUUCAAUAUGAUUCUUUUUCUAGGUACGUAUUCUGUCUCUUAGCAAGUAAUUGAUUUAACCCACCAAGAGUUGUUGCCAACAAAUCAACUAAAGUUAAAUAUAUUCUCAUGUAGGAGGCACAAUUCGUUGUGUUUGAACUUGCAGUUUAGUGACUGGAUAUUUAACAGGUUAAGACUUGGUAAUUGUUUGACAUCUGGAACGGCAGUUUGACCACAUCUCGAUUGUCAAGUCUUCUACUUAAUUAGUAAUAACCAACGACUCCAGCAUUGGGUGCAUCACCCAUGUUGAUGUUAAGUUCUAAAACUAAUUCUUUCGAAGAUUAAAUAAUGCAAAGCUAAGUAUAUUACUAUUUUAACUAAAGAAUCACUUUCUCUCAAAUGCUUUUGGAUUGAAGUGGGUAUCAAUCGUCGAUAUUGGCAAAAGAAUCUUACAAAAUAAAGAUUUAAACGGGUCGGGUCGUGCAUAUCCAUAACUCCUGCCGUCCUACUACUACUCAAACAUCCGAACACCCUACAAUAUAAAUUAUAUCCUCCUAACAAAGCAAAAUGAAGUCACAUAUGAAACACAUUCUGUAACGAUAUAUAAUAUUCAGAGUUAGAACUGAAAUUGGAAGUUCAAACACAUCCAAAUAUCAUGGAUACGAUUAGUGAAAGGUCUGAGAAAUCAUCAUAUAUAGAGCCCUCGAUUGUAAUGGAUCAUAUAAAAAAACAACAAUCGUAUAAGGUAGAAGAGCCGAUACCAAUCUCAACUAUGACAUUAGUAAGCAACGGUUGUGUUGAUUAUAGAGGGAGAAUUGCUGACAAACGAAAAACCGGAGGAUGGAGGGCAUCUCCUUUCAUUAUUGUGAAUGAGGUGGCAGAAAGACUAGCAUUCUUCGCAGUUGCAGUGAGUAUGGUGCUGUAUUUGGCGAGGGAGAUGCACCAAUCGCUACCAAAUGCCGUCACACAUGUGACAGAUUGGAUUGGAGCUGCUUACGUGCUUACUUUGGUUGGGGCUUUCAUAGCCGAUGCUUAUUUAGGGCGAUUUUUAACAAUCAUCGUCUUCUCUUUCAUCUACUUCGGGGGAAUGGUGAUGCUGACAAUUUCAGCAAAAAUGGACAGCUUACGUCCACCACUCUGCCUGAAAAGACCAUGCCCUCCAGCAUCCGACGGUCAAACGGCGUUCCUCUACACUGCACUUGCUCUCAUCGCCGUCGGCACCGGCGGAAUCAAGCCUUGUGUUUCCUCCUUCGGGGCUGAUCAGUUUGACGAAGAAGAUGAAAGGGAAGUCGUAAAAAAAUACGCAUUCUUCAACUGGUUCUUCUUCGCUAUUAACAUGGGUGCACUGUUGGGAAUCACUCUUUUGGUGUACGUACAACAAGAAAAAGGGUUUGCUUGGGGUUUCGGAAUCCCCACCAUAGCCAUGUUCACCUCCAUCCUGAUUUUGUUGGCCGGAUUCUCGAGUUACCGGUACAAGAAGCCGAUGGGGAGUGCUUUCACCAGAUUUGUUCAGGUGAUGGUGGUUUCCGUCAAGAACCAUCUCCGGGGAGUUGGUGUAGUUUCCGGUAGCCAACUUUAUGAGGUUUCCACUCAAGAAUCAGACAUAUUUGGGGCAAGAAAACUCUUUCACACUCCACAAUACAGAUUCUUAGACAAAGCAGCAGUUAUCGAAGACCAUGAAUCCUCGAUCACUCGAAACAGAUGGAAACUAUGCACAGUGACACAAGUCGAAGAAUUCAAAUGCUUCAUAAGAGUCUUACCCAUCUGGGCAACCACCAUUGCUCUCUCUAUCUCCUUCGCUCAGAUAUCCACCUUCUUCCUCAGCCAAGCCGCUACCAUGGAUCGGAAACUAGGCUCCAACUUCGUCAUCCCAUCAGGCUCCGUCCCAGUGUUUUCCGCCAUUAACGCCCUCAUCCUGGUUCCCAUUUACGAAAAGCUCAUCGUCCCUUUCCUCCGGAGCAAAACCGGCCACCGUCGUGGCAUUACUUCCUUACAACGCAUGGGUGUAGGUCUAUUCAUUUCCAUUUUCGCUAUGGCGUCGGCUGCAGUUGUUGAACACAAACGCAGGACUCAUUCGAACCCGACAACCCUAAGCGUGUUCUGGUUGUUCCCUCAGUUUUUUCUAAUGGGUAGUGCCGAGGUUUUUACAUAUGUGGGACAACUGGAGUUCUUUUACGACGAAGCUACAGAUGGUACGAGGAGUCUAAGCAGUGCUAUGUUCUUGAGCGAGAUCGGGAUCGGAAGUUGGUUGAGUACUGCGAUUGUGAAGAUCGUUCAACGGGCAACAGGGGAUGAGGAGAAAGGGUGGUUGAGGAACGAUUUGAAUGCGAGUAAGUUGGAUUAUUUCUUCUGGAUAUUGAUGGCGAUUAAUGGUGUAAAUUUGGUGGUUUAUAUGUGGGUUGCUCGACGAUACAAGGGCAGAGAUGGAGCAAGUGCCAUCGGAAGUGUUAGAGAUGAAUCCACCACAGUGGUUGAUCAAAGUUAAUUACAACUUGUUUAAUUUUUAUUGUUAUGAAACGUUUUUUUAUUUAUAUAUUUACCAAGCCAUGUUGAUUUUCGUUUUAUUGUUAAAUCCAAGUUGUUAAUUUGUCCAUUAAUCAUUAUAUAUUUGGUCUUCGGUGGAACACAUAUCAUCACCAAGAUACUAUUGAAUAUUUGAAUCGUUAUAUAAUUAAACAAUAUGUACUUGAGAAUUCAUUGAUA